AUGGCACAGCCCGGCCCUGCAACCGACUUCGCUACCUACACUCUACUAGAAGCACCCCCACCGAAUGUGUCUAUCGCCCAUGCUCUCGUCACCCGACGCAAACCGCAAGCCACCCCCAGCGUCACUUCCAAAAGUCUCGUGAAAUGGUGGACGCUAUUGCUGCGCGUGUUGCGAGAAUGGGCACGGCUUUCCUUGCUGGUGCCCGUGUCGGGCGCGAUCUCCUCGGUGUGGGCUCAGCGUAAAGCUGCCGGGCCAUCUGUGCCUCGCUCGUCAGGUCUAACGCACGGUUUAGCAGGCUUGUAUUAG